UGACAAUUCAAACACUGGUAUAAACGGCAAACAUUUGUGAUUUUGUGUUCACGAAAUGGCAUCUAAUUUGGAGAGUUCAAUUGUUAAAGGAUCAGAUUUUUUCUUUGACUUUCUUUGUUUUAUAUGUCAGGAAAAUGACAGAAACACAGAGGCUGAUUUUUAUUGCACACAGUGUUCAAAGUUUUAUUGUGGCAGAUGUGUUGACCAACAUAAUUAUCUUUUUAAAAAGCACACAACUUUGGGUAAAGAAAAGAUCAGCAGUUGGCCAGAUGUAAAAGUAGCUGUGGACAUAGAAGAGGAAUGCCAGGAGCACAAGGGUGAGAAACUGACAGCAUUCUGUGAGGACCACGGUGAACUGAUGUGUCAUGUCUGCCAUAUCUACACACACAAAAAUUGCAUCCAUGUGGUCCUUAUAAAAGAUAAAGCGGAGGCCCUAAACCAGAGGGGAGAGUUCACAAAAUUGUCAGCAUUUCUGGAUACAUUACAUUUGCAGUUUAUUCAGAAAAAAUUUGCCGUCGGGGAAAGUUUACAGUCCUUUGAGAAAUCCCACACACAAGUUUGCAAAAAAAUAAAUGCUUUACACACCAAAAUCAAAGGUCGCUUGGAUCAUUUGAAGGGUGAAACCAUCAAAGAGUUGGAUACAUUACAUGCUACAUUAAAGUCAUCUAUUCAAAAGGAUAUUGCACAUUGCAGUGAAUCUGUCCAAACAAUUAAAAUUGCCAAAGAAGAUUGGCAGAAAAUACAAGGCAAAAGUGAUAUCCUCCAUUUUAUCAUGUACAUAAAAUGCCUGGACCAUACAAACAAGGCAUUUUCUAUUUUACAAGCAAAGAUAGCAGAGAAAGACAAUACACUGUCUUUCCAGCCGGAUACAACUAUUGACAAAACUUUGUCCACUUCGUCUGGAUUAGGAAAAAUACUCAGCAAUGUAAAGCUAAAGCAACAUACUGGGAGAAGCAUUACAUCAGAUGCCACACCCACACAAGCUGAACCUAAUGCAAAGAAACCUUCAUCGACUUCCUCCAAACAGCCUGACAAGGCACAUACAACAAGUAAUACGAAUAAUACAGACCAGGUGCUUCAUCCUCUUUCCAGUUCAUCAAAGAUUUCUGAAAUUUUAAAGGUAAAUUUAACAAAUGAUGUGAAUGAUUCAGACCAGGUGCUUCAUCCUGUUUAUAUUUUAUCAGAGAAGCCAAGCGCUGAAAACCAAUGCCAUGUCAAGAAGUCAGCUGCAGUAUCCAGCUCAUACAGCUUGCCAGAUAUUAGCAAUAAAGAAGGUGCAAUGAAUAAGACAAGCAGAGAGUCCAUUCCGAAUAAAGUCAUUAACAUCAUUAGUAAGGCUAAAUAUUCAGUAAAAGUGAGGAGUGAUAAACAAACAUGCAAUAUAUCAGGGGUCUGUGAGACAUAUGCUGGUGAACUCCUUAUUAUGGACCAGGGCAAUGAUAAAUUGAAGCUGCUUGACAAGACCUACAAAGUGGUGGCCCACUAUGACUUGCCCUAUACACCAUCGUCCAUGUGCAGAAUUGAGUCACUUCUGGUGGCUGUUACUCUGGGUAACAAAGAAGUCCACUUCAUCAGAGUGAGCAAGCUUCCGUCCAUGCGUUUGGUACAUGAAAGCACACUAAAGCUCCAUCAUGCCUGUGAGGGUAUUGCACAUCAUCAGGGCAGUCUGUACAUAACAUCAGGUACAGCAUUGUACCACUACACUGUAGAUGGAACCCCAUUGAUGGAGAUUUAUAGAAAUAUAUCUUAUGGAGAUUCAGACAUAACAUCCUGCGCAGUGAGUCCAGAUGGAAACAGGAUAUAUUUGACCAACAUCGCUUGUGACCAGCUGGUCACACUGUCCAGGGAUGGAAAAGUGAUCUCUACGCUCACUGAUACUGCACUGGUCUGGAGAAAUCUUGCACUGGUCUGGAAAAAUCUUGAAAAUUCUGAAAAAAUCCCACCUGGCAUUCAUGUGACAGACUCAGGAUAUGUUUUUGUAUGCGGAGGCUGGUCCAACACAAUCGUCAUGGUGGACAGAGAAGGGAGACAGAAACUGGCAGAGGUGGUCACAGAGGAGUAUGGUUUGGACAAACCAACAUUAGUAUACUACAAUGAAAAUACAGGAGCACUCAUUGUUGGAAAUCAUCGCAAUAAGUACAUAAGGGUUUUUAAGACUACCAAUAUGUAAAUGUUUGACAAUGGAAAUUUAAAAGUUUUGUUGAUAAAACAAAAAUCAUUUAUAAAUAAAAGCUACACUUUCAUUAAGAAAACAAGAUCAUGUAAAUUUACAACAUAUUCUUAAUUUAAACAGAUAACUGUUGUUAAAUAAUAAAAUAUUACUAAAUAAUUGAAUUGAAUAUAAUGAUAAUUUCAAAUAAAAUGGUAAUGAUAUGCUGUCACACAUUUAAAUAAAAAUAGUAUUCAAACUGUUAUAGUAUUUACGAAAACCCUUCAAAGUAUUUGUGGAUUAGAUGUUUUUUAUUUCACAGUGUUAAAAAAAUAUGUUUGUGACUGAUUCUAUUUAAGGCAUCAAAUUUUUUAAAGAAUAAGAUGAACUGAUUCAACAUAAGUUAAAGGAAAAAAAAUGAUUUUAAAUAAUAAUACAUGCACACAGUUGCUUUACUCAGAGAUUUGAUGGUUAAGUGUUAGUCAUGUGUUUUUAAUUUUUCUAUGUCUGCCUGUCUGCCUCAUUUGGGUUUGAAUACGAUUGCACAUACUUAGGUUGAUUUAUUUCUAUUGAAUCUAUUAUUCCCCACAUAUGCCUCUUUUGGUUUAUACUUUCCGCUUCUGUUUUUAAUUUAGAUACCAUACUUGCAACUUUAUACAAUGUGUUUUGAUAUUGUUAAAGGUUAUUUAAAAAAACAAAAACAAGCAUAAAACAUACUAGUAUAUUUUCACUGUGAUGCUGCAUUCGAAUAAAAUUACAAUAUAACAAGCAUUCCCCACCCCAACCCCCCCAAAAAGUAAAGGGAUGUAGAAAGCCUGGGUUUGGUAAGGAUGUCCCCUCCUCAUGGUAUGAGACAGUUUUACGGAACGUGAAUAAUGGAGUGUGUUAUAUACUAAAAGGCAUGUUUUUAAACAGAAUGCAAGCAAUACACUCAGGAUUCAAAACAUUUAUUGGCCCUGAAAUAAAAACUUUCAAAAUGUUUUAUACAUGAAAUUAACUUUCUCUAAUGUGACUAUUUUAUACCGACAUUUUUCUGGUUUUGAUUCUCCAUUUAAUUGUAAAUUUGUAGUCUUUAGUUUCAGAAUUGUGUGGACUAUGAAAAUCAUAAAAUAAAAUCAAUGUCAUAACAAGAUACUUAUCCAAUCCAUGUUAUUCAACAAAAAAUCAAUUAAAUCUGUAAUUCAUAUUGAUCAUUGUAAAUAUUUGCUUGUGCAAUUUCUGAAUUUCCGGUAGUGAAUGGAAUAAAUUCAACCUGUGUUUGAUUGAUUGUCUCAGAUGCCUCAUUUGUACCCUGGCAAUAUUUAAUAUGUUGAAAACAUGCAAUAUUUCCACUUACACAGUUUAUUGCUUUAAAUGUAUGAGUAUGCCUUGGCUGUUUAAAGCAUGCAAAGACAAUUAAGGGAUUAUGAAGACUUAUAAGCAUAAUCCAGAACAGUGAGUUCUGCUGACAAUGGUUCCUAUGCUAUUUUUGACACAGGGGACACUAUACCCGACAUUGCCUCCUACAUUUGUGCCAUCCCAGGUAUUUGUUCCAAUUUAAUAUUAUGCAAAUUUUUAAUUGACUUUAGUUUGGAAAUAAACCAAGAAGAUGGUCUGUUAAUAAGAAAUAAUUAGGCAUUAAGUUGAUCAUUACUUAAUAAUUGAAUUAAACUAACAUUUGUCGACUUAUUAUAAAUCUGCUCAAAGUUGUCAUUUAGAAAAAAUUAAUGCAAUACCAGGUGUCAGCGUACUAUGAGGCAAUAUAACCUAUUUGUAUGGAGGUAUUACUAUUUAGUUCAGUUUUGCAUAUAAUUGAAUUGGAUUCGGUUUUAACAAAUUUUGAUUAUAAAGUCGAUAGAAAAUCUGUAAAAAUAUAUAUUUAAUAGAAAAUAGCAACAAAUGUCAGGGCGCGAAUAUGUAGGAAGCAAUUUCAGAGCUGUCAAUGUAACAUUGGAACAAUUGUCAAUGUUGUCAAAAAAAACAACAACAGCGCACCAACCAAUGUCCGCAAGAACCAAUGUCCUGAAUCCUUGUCAGCAGUGCCAUGUCAUAUUGGCCUUGGGGAAACCCUGAUAUGAUAUCAUCUACAUGUACAUUCAUUUACAUAGAGCGUAAAUCCAUAUCUGGCAUUAACAGAUAUUUAAAAUUGAAAAACUUUUCAAAGGACUUUGUCAAUUUUUACACAAUCAAUAAUAUUUCAUUUAAUAAGGAAAAUAUAAUAAUGUGUAAGUAUUUAUAUUUUUCAUUCCCAUGUGUAACCUUAUGCAUGGGUAAUUAUUACAAAAUAUGUGAUUACAUCUAAGUAAUUGUUCACUAUAAGUUAACCAUGUAUUAUAGCAUAAUAUUAAUUCAGUAGUAUACUUGUUCUAAAUAAAAGGUUUAAGAUUUUAAUUGCAAAAUAUAGUGUAAUGUAAUAUAAAAUAUUAUAAAAGUUUGCUAUACACAAUACACUUACAGAUUUUUUUUCCGUGUGGAACACUGAAUUUCUAUGUGAUCGACUGCAUGUAUACACAUAAAAUAAAUAUUAUAGCAAUUUUGAAAAUGUAUGGCUUCUUUUUUGUUUGUUUUUUAUUAGAAUCUUAAUCAUCUACUAUUACAUGUAUAAUAUAUAAACACAUUUGCUUUUAAAUUAAGUUAUUGUUUUGAUAGAGUAUUUGUCCAUUUGUUAUAUUUGACCUAAAUGUGACCCAUAAUUUGACCUAUAUUUAAUCAAUUUAACAUAUGUUUGAUUUGUUAUUCAUUAGUGGUUUUAAUUGCUCGUCCUUUUGUUGUUGAUUUUUGUUUCUAUUGAUUCUAUUUAUUGCCGUUAUGGAGUUUUGCAUUACUUCUGUCUAUUGGUUUUGAAAGAUAUUAAGUGUUUAACCACCUCAAAACACACUGACAAAUUAAAUUAAGAUCUAAAAUUUAAUUUGUACAACAAUAUAAAAUGACAACUUCUUUCCACUGUUUAAAAUCAAGGUACCGUAAUUUCAGAAAAAAAUUGUCAUGCAUCAUUUAAGUGCUUGUGGAAAUUACUGAGCAAUGAAAAAUUUGUUAUAUAUGUACUGGUAAGGAAUUUAUUAUUCUUGGUACAACAGACACCAGACAAUCAGCAUGUGAUUAGUAUCAGUGAUGAUUGAGUCACUAGCAUUUAGCAACAUUUUGCACAUUUAUACACAGACAAUAUAUUUUCUUUUAAUCAGAAAACAAAAUUGAUAUCUUGCAUGUACUUGUACGUUACUAAAUAACUGUUUGUAUGUGCAUUGUGUCCAUACAUCGUCUCCUUCCCUUGAAACAUAAUACAUUUUUUGUUUGUAAUGUAUUAAAUGCUUUAAAAAAAUGAUCGUUUAAGACAGUGAUUUGUUACCAAACACUUCAAUAUCACAGGUGCUCAAUUUACGAGUAGAUAAAAGCAACUUUAAUUAACAACUGUGCUACAACAACAGAUUGUAUGUACUGCUUUUCAGUUAUCUUAUGUCUAAACUUGCUUAAUUUAUGUAAAAUGCAUUAUAACAUUUGUACCUAUUCUGUACAUACAAAAAUCUAGCAUGACAGGUUAUUGUGAACAGAUAAUGUGACAAGUUCAUGUAACAAAUUCAUGUGAUAGAUUCAUGCAGCCAGAUCAUGUGAAAGGGUUCAUGUGACCAGAUCAUGUGACGGUUUCAUGUUACCUGAGCAUGUGAUGGGUUGAUGUGACAAGAUCAUGUGACAGGUUAUUUGACCAGAAUAGUGACAUGUCAAUGAGACCAAAUCAUGUGAAAGGUUUACAUGACAAUAUCAUGUGACAAGUUUAUGUUACCAGAUCAUGUGACAGGUUGAUGUGACCAGAUUAUGUGACAAGUCCAUGAGACUAGAUCAUGUGAAAGGUGUACAUGACAAGAUCAUGUGACAUGUUUAUGUCACCAGAUCAUGUGACAGGUACACGAGACAAGAUCAUGUGACAGGUUAAUGUGACAAGAUCAUAGAACAGGUUUAUGUGACCAGAUCAUGUGAAAGGCUCAUGUGACCAGAUCAUAGAACAGGUUUAUGUAACCAGAUCAUGUGAUAGGUUCAUAUGACCAGAUCAUGUGACAGGUUAACAUGACAAGAUCAUUUGACAUGUUCAUGUGACCAGAUCAUGUGACAGGUUGAUGUGACCAGAUCAUGUGACUGGUUGAUGUGACCAGAUCAUAUGAAAGGUUGAUAUGACCAGAUCAUGUGACAGGUUGAUGUAACCAGAUUAAGUGACAGGUUCAUGUUACCAGAUCAUGUGACAGGUUUGUGUGACAUGUUCAUGUGACAACAUCAUGUGGUAGGUUCAUGUGACCAGAUCAUGUUACAGGUUCAUGUGACAUGUCCAUGUGACCAGAUUAUGUGAUAGGUUUGUGCGACCAGAUCAGGUGAUAGUUUUAUGUGACCAGAUCAUGUGACAGGUCCAUGAGACUUGAUCAUGUGACAGGUUGAUGUGACAAUACCAUGUGACGGGUUGAUGUGACAAGAUCAUGUGAUAGGUUCAUGUGACAAUAUCAUAUGACAGGUUCAUAUGACAAGAUCAUAAGACAGUUUCAUGUGACCAGAUCAUGUGAUAGGUUAAUGUGACCAGAUAAUGUGACAGGUUGAUGUGACCAGAUUAUGUGACAGGUUCAUGGGACCAGAUCAUGUGACAGGUUGAUGUGACCAGAUCAUGGGACAGGUUGAUGUGACCAGAUCAUGGGACAGGUUAAAGUGACCAGGUCAUUCAAUAGGUUUAUGUGACCAGAUCUUGUGACAGGUUCAUGUGACAAGAUCAUGUAACAGGUUUAUAUGACUAGUAUGUGUAACAAGUUAAUAUGACAAUUGAAUGCUAACAGAUCAUAUGCCAGAGUAAGUUGACCACAGAGUGCGAUUAAAUUUACAAAUCAUGAGGGUGACUGUUUAAUGUGUUGCCAGAUCAUGUGACAAGGUUCAUGAGAUUAGUUCAUGUAUUGGUAACAAGACAGGUCUUUAGGAAAUAAUCAUUCAACAAACUUCUGUGGAGACAGUCUAUUUAAAAAAUCUUAUGAAAUAUUUGAAGAAACUUAUUCAAUGAUAAUGUUUCACCCAGAAAGGUAAUAAAAUAUUAAUUAAACCAUGUUUGUAUUUUGCCAUUUUUGAAUGGCAAUCUUGUAAAAAAAAAAUUCUUUGUAAGUAGACUGAACUCCAAUUAACAAAUAAUUAUCUGCAUGACAUAUAUUCAAUGGGUAAAUUUCAAAUAAAUAUUUGUCUUUUGUAUCUUAAAUGUAUUCUUCAGCGUUGCAUGAUGGGCACACAAAUUCCAUUAAUCCUACUAAUAAUAUGAUGUCCCACAUUAAUUCAAGUGUUAUUUGUCAUUUAAGCAGAGAUUUGUAAUUUCUUUCUUCCAUUGUCCGCCAUCUUGUAAAAAUUACAUAUGCGACAUGUGUGCAUAGCAAUGUAAAUUCGUAUAUGUGGACUACAUUUUGGAACCAGAAGUUAAGCCUGUUUUCAUUAGGCCACAAAAUGAGACGCUUUGUUAGCACUUGUGGAGAAUUCCCAUCAUGUUAACAUGCGCGUAAGUUUGUUUCCCUUAGACAAUAUCAUUACAAUUGUUGAACUUGUACGAUAUUUAGAAAUGUAUUUGUUUUUGAUUGUCCAGUAUAAAGGCAACUUUUGGCAAGAAUGUAUCAUUUGGUGAAAAUUCCAUGACAGUGGGGAAAAAUACUUCUUGGGAAUUCUUGGCGUUUAUACAUUUAUACUCCAUGUGCAAGGCACAUCUACCUACGGAGCAGCUGAAAGGACUGCUGAACGUGCUGGUCUACACAUGUGACGAAUGCACAAAGAGCACAUAUAUCGGUAAUACCAACUAAAGGGUGGAUUAGUUUUCGACCAAAUGUUUUAUUCAAUAGUCUAUACAUGUUUACAAAGUUACAUUAAUACAUGUAUAUUGUUUCAUGUUGAAAUGUAAUAACAUGUAAUGUCUUAUAUUUCAUACAAUAAAACA